UCAAGUGGUACAACACUCAAAGUCUGUAAGCAGUUUGUUUAUUGUUCUAUGGUCCUAGGCUAGUUUCCUGGACACAGAUAAAGCCUAGUUCUGGAAUGAAAAGCAAAUGUAUUGAUUCAGGUUUAGGCUUAAUGUAGGUUCUGGGGAUUGUCCCAAAAUGAUACCAAUAAAUCCAUAUCUGAUUGUCUGACAAACAAUCACUGUUACGAUACAUGCUUGUGGAUGAGAAGGUCAUGCAUAGACAUUAUCCACAAAUUGUCCUCCUCAUACAUGUAUAAAGUGUAAGUCAUGGAUUUCAGACAGUAAUACCUGACAGUAAUACCUGGCAGUAAUACCUACCUACACUCUAAUGAACCAAAUGUCCCAGCCAGAGCCUGUGAUGAGGUGAUAAGAUAAUCUAGAACCAACCAGACAGUGUGGAGAAGGACAGCCACCACAGCCGUCAGCAAGUCCACCCAACAUGGCGUUCUUCAAGAGCUUUGGGCAGAACCUACCAUCUGUAAACAUCUCCUCCAUCUUGGAUUCAGUCAGCAGCAGAGUGGACGACCUAGCCAGCGCCGUCAGUGAUGCCACCUACAGCGUCAGUGACCAGCUGACUGAGCUCAGCGACCAGGUCAUCAAGAAGGUGCAGACGGAGGAGGAGGAGGCUGCAGAAGCGGCAGAGGGGGGCCAGGACAGCAAGGAAGGAAAGGCCCAGGAAGGGAUAGCAGACUCAUUCAGGAGCAAAAUCAAGAGGCAGGCUUCUGAGGCCUGCUCAAGCUUGGCAGACUAUAGCUCCAACCUCAGCCAAUCCAAUGACUCGAAGAAUAACCAAUCGAGUGACGUGACAGCAGAGGACUAUGUUCCAGCCCAAUUGGAAUGGGUGUGGAAAGAUGGAGGCUGGCGAGUGGUAAAACCAGGGGAGAGUUCUGCAGAGGACAAGGAAAAGGAGGAGAAAAGGAAGGAGGAGGAGAAGACGAAGAAAGAGGAGAAGGAGAAAAGAAAGGCAGAGAAAGACAAGAAGAAGGAGGAGAGGCUGAAACUGGAGGAAGAGAAGAAAAAUAGCCAUCAAGAGACCAUUGAGGAAGAGCCUGAAGAUAAAGAAACCAGCUCAUUGCCGAAAGAGAACCACACUGCUAGUCAGAACAAAGAGGGCCAGAAAGAGGACAAAUCCAAUGGGGUCCACCAGAGUGACGACCAUAGUGAUCCACCACAAUCUCUUUGCCCUGAGGAAGAGUCGAGAGCAUCCCAAAAGAAAAACAAGGGGAAAGCUGAGGAGGAGGAAGAGAAUGAGAUGAGUCCCGAGGGAGAUGGAGAGACUGAACCUGCAAUGUCUCCCACUUCUGAGAAAAAUAAGAAGAAGAGUGACAAGAAGAAAGAGAAAGGGAAAGGGAAGAGAGAGAGCAAGAAGACGAAUAAAGAGGAUAAAGAGCAGAGCUGCCCAGAGCUUGGCUCUGAGGAGGACAGUGAAGAGGACAGACCAGGGGGACACUCUGAACCUUCAGCCCAGCACAGAGCCUCAGUCUGGGACAACCGACACAAACACACCAGCGACCAGAGCAGUGAGGCCUCCGCCGGACAAGCCAACAGCAUCCAGCGGAUGAGACGAGGCUCUCCUCUCAAUGAGCUCCAGCCACCCCCGUAUCAGGACGAGAAUAGUCCGGUCCGGGUGUCUCGCUCGCGUUCUGGGGCGGGGGGCCUGGGGGAGUCGUCCCCAGACGGUAAUGGUACACAGCGCUCCAGUGAGGCCAGCGUUGACCCGGACACUGAGAGUUACCUCAACAAGGGCUACGAUGAGGAUGUACCAAGUGACAGCACUGCCGUCCUGGGACCAGAGGAUGGUUCAACCUCCCAUCUUCACGUGGGCUAUGAGCCCGAGCCGCUGGCCAAGUAUGGCACGCUGGACGUGGCCUUCGAGUAUGACUCGGGCGAGCAACGCCUUGCCGUCACUGUCACCGCAGCAACCGACAUCCCCGCACUCAAACAGACAGGGAACAUUGCGUGGCAGGUGCACCUGGUGCUGCUGCCCACUAAGAAGCAACGUGCCAAGACGGGGGUGCAGAGGGGGCCGUGCCCCAUGUUCACAGAGACCUUCGGCUUCACCCGGGUGGAACAGGGGGCGCUGGCGGACCACGCCGUCAGGUUCCGUCUCUACAGCAUUAGGAGGAUGAAGAAGGAGAAGGUGCUGGGAGAGAAGGUGUUCUACUUGACCAAACUCAACCUGCAGGGCAAGAUGGCUCUGCCCGUUACACUGGAGCCUGGCACAGCACUAACGGGCUGUGGGUCGUUGGUGAGUGUGUCUCGCAGCGUGGCAGCUUUGUCCUACCGCUCUACAUGGGACUCCACACCAGAGAUCCUGCUGGGCCUCAUCUAUAACUCCACCACUGGCAGGCUCUCUGCAGAGGUCAUCCAGGGCAGACAGUUCAACAACACAGCCUCAGACAAACCUCCUAACACCUAUGUGAAGCUGACCAUGCUGGACUCCAAGGGCAAGGAGAUGUCCAAGUGCAAGACGUCGGUGUGCCGCGGUCAGCCCAACCCCACUUACAAGGAGACCUUUGUCUUUCAGGUGGCCCUCUUUCAGCUGUCCGAGGUCUCCCUGGUGGUGUCGGUGUACAGCCGAAGGAGCAGCAUGAAGGCCAGGGAGAAGGUGGGCUGGCUGUCCCUGGGGCUCAACAGCACUGGAGAGGAGCAGCAGGCACAUUGGAGCCAGAUGAAGGAGGCCAAGGGACAGCAGGUGUGCCAUUGGCACACGCUCUUGGAAUCUUGAACAGGUCUUGAUGAGAAUCACCAGAUUUGAUCUUGUUGACAAAGAAUAAGCUGUAUAAAUAUAUGUGAAAUUAAAUGGUUAAAUAGGAGGAGGAAUACGUUGGAGGAAGAGGAAGAUUGCGGGGUAUGUUGACCUCAGUGUCGAGAGAGAGAAUGGGUUCCAUGACCUUCAUUCAGAGAAGCAGACGAGGAGCUGUGAGGAACCAUCCACCUAUACUAUGCACCUGGUGUGGGAUGUGUGUGAGGGUGCCCUGGUGUGGGAUGUGUGUGAGGGUGCCCUGGUGUGGGAUGUGUGUGAGGGUGCCCUGGUGUGGGAUGUGUGUGAGGGUGCCCUGGUGUGGGAUGUGUGUGAGGGUGCCCUGGUGUGGGAUGUGUGUGAGGGUGCCCUGGUGUGGGAUGUGUGUGAGGGUGCCCUGGUGUGGGAUGUGUGUGCGGGUGCAGCGCUUUGAGAAGCACGUGGAUUCCACUUGGAGUCUCCCGUUCACUGACAGCUGCUUUACUACUCUUUAAUCGGUAAACCAGCCACUUAAUCUGAGACAGACUGGUCUGGUUGACAGACUGACUGGUGCAAAACUCCAAGCUCCAGUCAUUGUCGAUGGGGUCAUCAACGUCAGACUCAUCUUUGUAAUAACAGCUGAUAGACCUCAAUGGUGAAAUGGACACCUCUGGCCAUGAAAUGGACCAUUCAGUCUCAGAUUGAGAACAAUUUUGUGUCAUUCAUUUCCCAUAUUCUGGUCCACAAUAGUAUAUCUUCAUGUAAUUGUUUACAGAAGAUGAUCACAAUACGACCAUACAUAUCUCCUACAAUGGACCAUUUUCAUCCUGAAUCGAGGACCGAAGAGUGUGGAGAAGAACAACGACUACAACAAACCGUUCUUCCGGGGUUGUACUGACUAUAUAAAUAGAAUGACUAGAAGGGACUAAGCCCCUGAGACCAUGGCAAUUUGACUGGAACACUCACGGGUUCACUCAAUAUGCCUGACAUUUCUAUGGUACUGUCCUCAAAUGACACCAGCAUAUCAGACAUUUCUCAUCUGAAGCUCACAGCCAUCGACAACGAGGAUGAUGAAAUGGAAUACUGUUACCGUGACUGUUAGAGCCAGCUGGGCCUGUAACAGUCUGCAACAACUACCGUGCCUAGAAAAAGUCUACAACCCCUUUGGAUUUCUUAAAAUGUAAUAAACCACAAAGUGGUAUUAAAAUGGAUUUUAUUCAAAUGUUUUGGUCAACGAUCUACACAAAAUACGAUGAAAAUGUCAAAAUGUAUUAUUUAAUUUUUUUCUCCGAUUAAUGAAGAAAAAAAAUGCGAUACUUGACUAAGGAACCUUCUAUAUAUUGUACUGUAUGUAUGGGGGACAGAGGAAGGGGUAGUCAUUCAAAAAAUCCUGUCAACCACUAUUAUUUCACACAGAGUGAGUCCACAUAACUUAUGUGAUUUGUUAAGCCACAGUUUACUUCUGAACUAAUUUAAGUUUUCUUAAACAAAGGGGGUGAAUACCUAUGCAACAACUAUAUUUUUGUUAUUUAAUUUGUAUUAAUUUGUAAAAAUGUGUAGAAUCUUCUUUUCACUUUGACAUUAUGGAGUAUUUUGUGUAGAUCAAUGACAAAAAAACUGCAAUUAAAUAUUUUUCAAUCCCACUUUGUAAUGCAACAAAAUGUGGAAAAAAGUUCAAGGGGGUUUAGACUUUCUAUAGGCACUGUAUGCUAAUGAGCAAUGCUUAUUUAUUCACUGUUUACAUUCUCGUUACAUUAUGCAAUAUCCAUUUGACAGAUUCAUUUUUCGUCUUAUUUUAGGGGUUUCUUUUUACGGCUGUUUCAUCUCCCGAUGCAUUGUUUGUUACACGUCUUUUUGUUGUGGUCAUCUGAAUCAUCAUUUGAGAAUAGAAAAACAAUAUGAGUUUU